AUGGUUGUGACGAAGCCACAACCCAUCGAGCGCCCGGCCACGCCGAUGAUGGAGCUGUGCUACUCAAGCGACGACGAUGAGCUGAAUAGCAUCAUCAUCGCAAAGUCGGAACCUGCGCUGGAGUGUGAGGCAGUGGAGGCGGCCAUGGACUUGGAGCCACCAGCAGCAGCACAGCCAACACCAACGGCUUCCCAUGUUCCGGGCAACGUGCUUUGCCGCGAGGAAAACGCGGCACUUCGUCGCGAGAACGAGUUGCUGCUCACGGGCACUCGUUCGGUGCUUGAGCUGCAGACUGCAGCGAACGCAACCCUCCAGCAGUCGUCAGGACAAGGCGGAAACCGGGAGACGGCCCGGAAGCGCCAGCAACGGCUGAAGCGGCGAGAGCGGGAACGGCAGCAGCAACAGCAGCAGCAACAGCAGCAGCAGCAGCAGCAGCAGCAACAGCAGCAGCAGCAGCAGCAGCAGCAGCAGCAGCAGCAACGCCAGCAGCAGCAGCAUCGUCAGCAGCAGCGUCAGCAGCAGCCGCAGCAACAACAGCAGCAGCAGCCGCAGCAGCAGCUUUGGACAACGGUGGUAAGAGGCCGCCCGUCCCAGCGGCAUCGUCAACCGCAGCAGCAGCAGCAGCAGCAACAGCAACAAGGUGAACGCUAUGUUCCACCACAGCUCCAGCAGCAGCGACAGCAGCAGCAGCGCCCGCAGCAGCAGCAGCAGCAACAGCCGCAGCAGCAACAGCAACAGCGUCCGCAGCAACAGCGUCAACAGCAGCAGCGACCUCAGCAGCAGCGAUCACAGCGGCGAAAGCCGGCCAAGCCCGAGCUCAUUGAGGUUUCGCCCAACGAAGGCCAGGACUGGGAGAGCCUUCUGCUGCUUGUGCAAACGGCAGUCAGGACUGACGAGCGGUACAAGCCGCUCAAGGACCACGUCGUCCUGGGUCGCCGUACCAGCAAGGCGUUGCUGCGUCUUACACUGAGUCGCAAGGCGAACGCACAGUAUAUGCUGCAGCAGGUUCGUGCCAUCGUGGGCAGUGCUGGAGUGUGGCGGCACGUCACGGAAAUGGCGUCAGUCAUCGUGCAUGACGUUGACCCGCUAGCGCGAGAGGAGGACCUAACUUCGCUGCUUGACAGCAAGUUCGAGUCGGGAGCGGGCAUCGUCUCAACCACUUUGACCAAGAUGACCGACGGCACCCAACGUGCGUAUGUGCGACUGCCCGCGAAGUUCGCGAAGGAGCUGGAGGGCACCAAAAUCAAGCUGGGCUUUUGCGUCAGCAAAGUCAGAGCCGCGCCACCGACUCCUCGAGAGCGUGUGCGCUGCUAUCGCUGCCUCGAGCUGGGUCAUUGGGCCCAGGACUGCCGUUCACCCGACGACCGGCAGAACAAGUGCAUACGCUGCGGCGUUGUGGGGCACAUGGCAAAGGACUGCACUUCUUCGACGAAGUGCCUCAAGUGCGGUGGUCCACACACAAUUGGACACCCCGACUGGGCCCGGUCGGCCUUGCAAUGACCCCACAACUGCGAGUAAUGCAGGUGAACUUGGGCAGAGGAGAGAGGGCCCAGGACAUUGCCCUCCAAACUGCCCGAGAAAAGAAAGUGGACGUGCUGCUGCUAUCGGAGCUAUAUCGACCGCCUGCCAACAACGGUAGAUGAGCCUUCGACUGUUCGAAGAAGGUUGCCAUCGUCGCAACUGGGUC